AUGGAUGACCGCUCUGAUACCAAAUUGUUACACCCUCGUAAUAGGGGGCCUAACAUAUACCAAGAGAAGCAUUUUAUGAAGAUCAUGAAGGAUGAAGUAGAUAUUGUAAAGGACCUACCGCCUGAUUUGAAAUCAAUUGACAUUGAAGCUAUUGGUAGUCUUAUAACUGAUGCAGAUCUUGUGAAAGAGGCAAAACCCGUUGAUUAUAUCAGAACUGUGCUUCCUCUACUCUUGCGCAAUAGAGUUGUUCACUUCCUCGGAUUUGGAAAUCGGCUUGGCAUUGAUCCAUUCCCCUCCGAGCUUCAGAAACUGAGAUGCAAGUGCAACUUCCACGCUUUGAAGUUUGUACCAAAAAUUCAACAAGUCGGUUCAUUAUUGGUUCGGAGGAUCCGAACACACAACGCUGCACGGAGUAAAUUGGACAAACAGUUGCUUGGAAAUUUCAUGUCUAGAGUACCUCCAAAAGGACACGAUGUUGCAAGCAAUGGUCCAUCCAAAUAUCUUGCAUUGCAUUUAAGAUUUGAAGUUGACAUGGUUGCUUACUCUCUUUGUGAGUUUGGCGGCGGAGAGAGUGAGAGAAAGGAACUUCAAGCCUACAAAGAACUUCAUUUCCCUUUGCUCAUUAAGCGCUUGAAGAACUCAAAGCAAGUUUCUCCGAAAGAGUUGAGAAAGCUAGGGAGGUGUCCUUUGACACCAGAAGAAGCAGGGCUUGUUUUAGCUGGUCUUGGGUUUAAACGUGGAACGUAUAUAUAUUUAGCAGGUUCUCACAUAUACGGUAGUAAAUUUAGAAUGAAUUCUUUUACCAGUUUGUAUCCUAAUCUGGUCACAAAAGAAACUCUUCUCACGCCUACUGAACUCGCACCAUUUCAAAACUUCUCUUCUCAGCUAGCAGCAUUGGACUUCAUUGCAUGUGCAACAGCAGAUGUGUUUGCCAUGACUGAUUCUGGAAGCCAAUUAUCUUCCUUAGUUUCGGGUUUUCGAACCUAUUAUGGCGGCGGCAAUGCGCCUACUUUGCGGCCUAACAAGAAGAGAUUAGCAGCAAUUUUGUCGGAAAGUGACACUAUAGAAUGGAAUAGUUUUGAAGACAGAGUGAAAAAGAUGAUUGAGGAAGGCCAAAGAGCACGUGUUAGGGGUUUUGGUAGAAGUAUUUAUAGACAACCAAGGUGUCCAGAGUGCAUGUGCAAAAUUCACUAA